UGUUAUUCAGCCACUAAAGGCUCCGACACAAAGGAGCCAUGUUCCUUCUUCUAGUCCUUCUCUCAGGAAUUGGAAGGCUGCACGCAAGCAUCAAGCCUCAUAAAACAUUUCUGCAAACCACAGUUCCUGAGAAGACUUCAUCAUCUGACACACAGAAAGAUCCAGUAAACUAUGCUGCUUAUAGAAUCACAAUAGAAGGAAAACCAUUAUUUGUUCUUCUCAAGAAGCAAUCUAUUUUUUCUUCAUUUUCUUUUGUUUAUUCUCAUGACAAAGAUGGCAUCCAGUAUUCUAAAUCUUUGUUAGCUCAGAUGGAUUGCAAUUACAAUGGAUAUAUUUCGGGUUUUCCAAAUUCACUUGUGUCACUCAACAUCUGUUCAGGACUCAGGGGAGUAAUUCAGUUAAGAAACAUCUCAUAUGGAAUUGAACCCAUGGAGGCUGUAUCAGGAUUCACACACAUCAUUUAUGAAGAAAAAAGUGAUCACACUGACUUUCAUCUAUUAGGAAAAAAUGUCACAUAUUAUGAUGGUAAUAUAGAGUAUAAAUCCAGAGCAAAUACAGAAAGAAUUGGAUUGUCUAGCUUAUUCCUGCGACAUCUUGAAGUAUAUAUUGUUGUGGAUAAAAAUCUGUUUGAUUAUAUGAAUUCUGAUAUAAAGGCUGUAACUCAGAAGGUUGUUCAAAUAAUUGGCCUUGCUAAUGCUAUGUUCAUCCAAUUUAAAAUGAACAUUAUAAUAUCUUCCAUAGAAAUCUGGUCAAAUGAAAACAAAAUUUCAACUACAGGAAAUGCUAAUCAUAUAUUAAUGAGGUUUUUACAAUGGAAACAAAAACAUGUCUUCUUAUCUCAUCAUAUUGCAUAUUUAUUUAUCUUCAAGGAAAGUCCUGACUUUCUUGGAACCACAUAUGCUGGAAAUAUAUGUAAUGAGAAUUUAAAUGCAGGAGUUAUUCUGUAUUCAACAGGCUUAUCCUUGGAGUCCUAUACUGUCGGCUUUGUGCAGUUGCUUGGCAUUAGCUUGGGAAUAACUUAUGGCAAGAACGAUAGCACCUGCUUUUGUUCAGGAGAUGUUUGUACAAUGUCUCCAGAAGCACUGUACUCUGGGGGUGCAAAAGAUUUUAGCACCUGUAAUUUGGAUGAAUUUAAAUAUAUUGGCUCACAUGGUGGUUUUAGGUGUCUCUACAAACAAGCUGCAGAUGCUAAAAAGCCAUCAAAAAAGAUAUGUGGCAAUGGAAUAAUAGAAGGAUAUGAAGAAUGUGAUUGUGGAACUUCAGAUAAUUGUACACAUAAAGCCUGUUGUGAUCCUACAUCAUGUAGGCUUAAAGGUAAACAUUCUGUAUGUGGUUCUGGAGAAUGCUGUGGAAAACAAUGCAAGUAUAAACCAAUUGGCACAUUGUGUAGAAAAGCAGCUGAUCCUGAAUGUGAUUUCCCUGAAUAUUGUAAUGGGAAAUCUUCACUCUGUGUGCCAGAUACUUAUGCACAAAAUGGGUACCAUUGUAAUUCAGGUGACUCCUACUGUUAUGGUGGAAAAUGUAGAACAUUUGCCAAACAGUGUACACAGUUACUUGGACAAGAUUCUAGAGGUGCUCCGUUUAUUUGUUUUGAUGAGAUAAAUACAAGAGCAGACAGAUAUGGAAACUGUGGCAACUCAUUUUGUACUUUCUCUAAUGUUCUAUGUGGAAAAUUAGUCUGUACCUGGCCGUUCAAAAAACUGAUAGCACGUGCAAAUUUAUCUGUCAUUUACACACAUAUACGAGAAGAUACAUGUGUGUCUACAUAUCGCACCAAGGACGUACCUAUUACCGACGUAUCCACAACAGUUAAAAAACCUGAAGACAGAGAUGAUACAUAUGUAGAAGAUGGUACUCCAUGUGGUCCUGAUAUGUAUUGUGUCAACUUUUCCUGUAAAGAAAUUCGUCACCAGCCUCAUAUGGGAAAAUGUGAUCCUAUUAUAGAUUGCCAAGAACACGGGAUUUGCAACAAUUUUAAUCAUUGCCACUGUGACAAGGGCUUUGCUCCUCCUAGUUGUGACAAGAAUGAAACUGGAUUUGGAAGUAUUGAUGAUGGACAUUUGACUCCAACUGGAAGAAAUUCUCUGAGCAAAUAUGCCACCAUGCCAAACCACCAGUAUCAACUCAUUUUUUACAUUUCUCUACCUGUGCUCCUCAUUAUUGCUGUUGUGUCAAUAUCAAAGAAUAAAUUAAAACAGCUAUGCAACAAGAAGGAAGCUGAAAAUGAGAGAUCCGAAGACAGUAGCAAUACCAGCACCAGCAAGUUGUCUCACAGUGCAAGUCACAGCCUUGAACAAUCAUAGCCUACAGAAAGGAAAUUACCAAACCACAAAAACUGGAUUAAACCAAGAAGGAGAAAAUAUAUUAUAAUAACAUUUUUCAAUCAGAUGUUUCACUGCUGACUGUUUAAAAUAUGAAACAAUAAAUCAUCCACAUCUCACUGAA